GUGGAUCUGAAAGAGGUUGUCAUACCUGGAGUCUAUCCAGACAAACUCAAUGGUGAUUUCAGCAAAACAUAUCUGGUGCAGAUCAAGAAGAUCGUAGAAAUUGGACCGAAUAAGGUGCUAAAUGGUGUCGGAAGUCAUCACAGAUCUUUGCUGCUACUCCUUUCAGAUGGGCAUGCUACUCACAAGGCACUGGAGGUUGGAGAAAUUCCCGGCAUAAGGUAGACUUUUUCAGUGCAUAAGACACCACUCUCGCUCGCCCCCUUCCCUUUUCCCCGGCUUUAAAAUUUCUAAUGAUUUUGUUCAGGAAACUUAAGCAAGCAAGCUAAGUGGAGAUGAUUCUACAACUAUAGUUAAGCCAUUGACUUAAUGUAAUGGCUCUGAACUGUCGAGUGACUUUCCAUUGAUGUUUAGGAUAUGUUGAUGAUUUCACAAUAGUUUGCGUUUAAUUUAAUGCUUGUAGGAGUAGUGUGAUCAACCUAAAUCUUAUUUUGUACUUAAAUCCAUCGUUUUGUCACGGUAUUUUUGUAUUCUU